AUGUCGCUCACCGAAAUUCGAAAUGGCGUGCUCAUGUUCAGCAACCCCGCGUGGGCGGGCGUCAACACGGUUCCCUCGACUCUCGUGCGAAACAUCAGCGCCUUGAAUAGUCCACUAGGAUACAAAGCUCGCAUCUCGACGAACCUCACGACCUUGACGAACAACAAUGCCGAAAAGUUGAGCGGAAGCUUCGGAGGCCUCCUCUUCGUGCCCCAGGUCACGAGCGUUGCCGACUGCGAUCGGGAGCAGUACGAAUUCAUCCCCCAAAACGUCACCCGCCGCAGCAACCUUCCGCCGACCAACUUCAACGUCGUCGCCAUCGCCCCCUGGUUCAGCAUCAACUGCACCCUGGCCUACCUCAAAUCCGCGAGCCACGGUUCCAUCCGCGCCUUCAUCUUCUACAAGCCGAACAACUCGACGAACAAACCCCAAGAAGUCGACUCCCCCGUCUGGAACCUCGACGAUGGCGGCGCUUGGAGGAAGAAGAAUCAUUUCCCCAUAUUCGCCAUCCCGGGCCUCGAAGGCCAGAAGAUCGUCACCCAGCUUAGCCUCUACUCGGGCAACGUCAACCAAGUCCCCCACGGCCAGGAAAUCAGCCAGCUUUACGGAUCGAACCCCAACGAUUACGUGCGAGUCUGGACCGACCUGACGCUGGAGAACCAGACGAACAUGCCCGCCGUCUGGGCCUUUGUGCUCAUCGUCAUCGCCGCCUUGCUCUCCAUCAUCACCGCCGUCUCCCUCACCAUGCAUUUUGUCCAGAGGCGAAACCGAGAAUCCCUGAAACGCCGUGUCCAGACGGGCGAGGUGGACCUCGAAGCCAUGGGAAUCAAGAGAUUGACCGUCCCGGCUUCCCAUCUCAAAAGCCUUCCCCUCUUCACCUACAACGCCGACCCCGACCAUACGAAUGACCCGCCGACUCCCGACUCGGCCGCUGCCAAACCUGCCCCGACGACGAGCAGACGAAAAAGCCGUCGAUCGGAUCGGAAAGCGUCCAACACGUCCUCCGACCCCACUCUCCUCGGUAGCUCUCGGAGCCUCCGGCGCAUGCGCAACAAACGAUCCAUGGGCGACACCACGGCGACGAAUCACCAGCCGGACUGUCAAAUUUGCCUUGCCACCUUCGAGCACCGAGUCACCAUAAUCAGAGAGCUUCCGUGCGGCCACAUCUUCCACCCGGCCUGCAUCGAUGAGUUCUUGACGCAAAACAGUUCCCUCUGCCCCAUGUGCAAGCAAUGUAUGCUUCCCCGAGGCUACAGUCCGAGGAUCACCAACGGGAUGGUCCGUCGCGAACGCGCGAUACGAAGGUUAAGAGAACGUGUCGACUUGGAGGCGUCGUCACUGGAAUCGGGCGAGACGAAGCUGAAGCUGUGGAGGAAUCGUCUCUUCAGCCCCUCGGGCCACGGUGCCGGUGCCAAAUCCGCAUCCAACUUUGCCAUGACACCUCUGCCCACUGCGUGCAAUACGUCCGACGGCCCAUUGGAGACGGAUGCGAAGGCGCCCGUUGAAGGGACGACGCUGUCGGCUGCUUCGGAAGCGGCCGAGCCGACAGCAGAUCGUCCAGACUCUUCACAGGUGCCCCUUUCCACAGGUUCGUCGAGGCCGCGAAGUUCUCGACCAAGGGCCCUGCGGCUAUUGUCGACCCACCACGAGAUGGAGCAACCGAAAGAAUCCAAUGCCGAGGUCGGCCGGUCGAGCCCCUCGUCGUUUGCCAGGGAGCGUAUGCGAGAGAUUGCGGCCAAAAAUGCGCCAUUCGACGACCCGGAUCAUCAGCGUCCAAAAUGGCGCCGGGCAAUCUCGAAAGCGUUCCCCGGCUUCUAA